UAGUUUUUAGUACUACCCGAUGGAAACACAAGCCCAUAAGUCUCACCGCCCAGCCCAGUCUGGCUCAAAGGCUGAAAAGAAAGGCAAGGGAAAGCAAAAAACAGGUUUCAAUGAAAAGGCCUUUGCACCAAAAUCCGGUCGACGUGCCGAUCGUCAGGCCCGGAGAAACGUCGAGCGCGAUGAAGCUCGUCUUCAUGUUCCUCUUGUAAACCGAACACCCGAUGAUGAACCCCCGCCAGUCAUCAUCGCAAUCGUUGGGCCUCCAGGCGUAGGCAAGACCACUUUGCUCAAAAGUCUCGUCAGGAGAUACGCGAAGCAGACUUUAUCCGAGGCCAAGGGUCCAAUCACUGUGGUCGCUGGCAAGAAGAGGAGACUCACAUUCAUCGAGUGUAAUAGCGAUCUUAAUUCUAUGAUCGACAUCGGCAAGGUUGCAGACCUCGUUCUCCUGAUGAUUGACGGCUCUUACGGCUUUGAAAUGGAAACUUUUGAAUUCCUCAACAUCCUACAGGCUCAUGGUUUUCCGAAAGUCAUCGGUAUCCUCACUCAUCUUGACCUCAUUAAAAAACAAGCCACCCUCAGGGCUACCAAAAAGCUACUGAAAAGACGAUUCUGGAAUGAGAUUUACCAAGGCGCAAAACUUUUCUAUCUCUCUGGUGUUCUCAACGGUCGUUACCCCGACACUGAGAUCCUCAAUCUUUCCCGUUUCAUCAGCGUCAUGAAGUUCCGGCCUCUGAUCUUCAGGAAUACUCACCCAUAUCUACUUGCGGAUAGAAUAGAAGACUUGACGCCGCGCGAGGAAAUAAGAACCUCAAAAGGCCGGUGCGAUCGCACUGUAACGCUAUAUGGCUACUUGCGAGGGACGAAUAUGCGGCAAAGCACCAAGGUGCACAUUCCUGGUGUGGGGGACAUGGAUAUCAAAACCGUGACAAUGCUCGGCGACCCUUGUCCCUUGCCAGACGCAGAUUCCGAGAAGCGGAGAAAGUUGAGCGAAAAGAAGAAACUCCUUGUACAUGCACCCAUGAGCGAUGUUGGUGGCGUUAUGUACGACAAGGACGCUGUGUGGAUUAAUGUCCCCGGUAACUUUACAAGAGGGGUCACUGAUGUUCCUCAGGGCGAGGGUGAGCGAAUGGUCAUCGAUCUACAAGACGUCGAUGAGACGCUUGAAGAGACAGUGGCCCGGAGCAACAUCCGCCUUCUUGGUUCUUCGUCAAAUCCACUGACUAUUGAUACCCGACCUCACGAUGGAGAAAACAGCGACUCCGAUGAUGAUGAUGAUGAUGAUGAUGAUGAUGAGGAGGAGGAGGAGGAGGAGGAGGAGGAGGAGGAGGAUGAAGAUGAAGUUUUCGAAGGUGACAGCGAGUUCGAGGAGGGAGAGGAAGCAUUCCCGGAAGACGAGCAAGGCGAUCAAGGGAGUGGGGAAGAGGACGAACAGCUUCGCCUGGGCUCUUCAAAUACAGGCCGUCACGCGGCACGCACGAUCGUGCGCUCGACCCAUGGUUUUUCUAGCAAGGAGAAAGAUUCAGGCGAUGUCGCUUUUGCUGACUCUGAUUCCGAACUUGGGUCGUCUGAUGAUGAAGGACAUGCUAGAGCAGGUGAAGUCAUGUAUGCCGGCGUUGAAAAGGACAUUCUGAGUGAUGCUGAGGAUGAGGACGAAGAAGAUGACGAGGACGACGCGCCAGCGUGGAAAUCUGGACUGGCUGCGAAAGCAAGCGCUGCCUUCGAUGAACUCAACCGUCGGAAACGGCGUAACAACUGGAUUGCAAUGAUUUAUUCCAGUUCACUCAGCCCGGAACAGAUUGUUCAUGGUGCCGACACAACUGUGGUCGAAUCAGACGACAUAGAUGAUGACUUCUUCCGGGUGAACAGUUCUGGUGCUGCGAACGAAAACGACUUGGACAUGACAAAAGAGGCGCUCUCUCCUAGUGCGCUGAGGGAGUGGGAAGAUGAGGGACUACUGGAUUCUCUAAGGACGCUAUUCAUCACCGGGAAUCAUGACGACGGUGAUGCAGACCAGGAAACGAACGUCCACGAAAACCUGGAAGGUGGGGACUUCGUUAAAGUGGAGGCCGGGAAAGCCCAGUCUGCUCCCGCUGAAUUCGAGGGCAUUGACGCUGGGACUCGUGCUCUUGUCGAAGGUUAUCGGCCUGGAACAUAUGUGCGCAUAGAGCUUGUCUCGGUCCCGUGCGAAUUCAUUGAACACUUCGACCCACGCUACCCUAUCAUCGUUGGUGGACUGCUAGCUGCAGAGGAGCGCAUGGGAUACCUCCAAGUCCGCAUCAAGCGCCACCGCUGGUUCGCACGUACAUUGAAGACGAAUGAUCCACUUAUCUUUUCCCUUGGCUGGAGGCGCUUUCAGAGUGUCCCCAUAUACUCCCUCGACGACCAUUCCAUCAGGAUGCGCAUGUUGAAAUAUACACCAGAGCACAUGCAUUGCUAUGCGUCGUUCUAUGGCCCAGUUGCGCUUCCGAACACGGGAUUUUGCGCAUUCAAUGCGCUUUCCGGAGAGACUGUGCCAUUCAGAGUGAGCGCAACUGGCGUGGUCCUGGAUAUUGACCGGUCGACAAAAAUAGUUAAGAAAUUGAAGCUCACGGGCGUGCCAUUCAAGAUUUUCAAGAAUACAGCAUUCAUCAGGGACAUGUUUACUAGCGCUCUGGAAGUGGCGAAAUUCGAGGGUGCAAGUAUCCGAACCGUAUCUGGCAUCAGGGGUCAGGUAAAGAAAGCGCUGAACAAGCCAGAGGGUGCCUUCCGUGCGACAUUUGAAGACAAAGUGCUGAUGAGCGAUAUCAUAUUCCUAAGAGCGUGGUAUUCGAUACAGCCUCGCAGAUUCUACAACCCUGUCACAUCCCUCCUUCUAUCCGACAAGUCGCGCUGGUCUGGCAUGCGCUUAACAGGUCAAAUCAGACGAGAUGAAGGACUGAAGACCCCGCUGGCUGUCAAUUCCACCUACAAGCCGAUAGAACGCCUCGCCCGACGAUUCAACACGCUCAAAGUGCCGAAGAAGCUACAAGCUGCUCUUCCGUACGCCUCAAAACCCAAGCUUAUGAAGCCUCAAAGCAAGCAGACCUACAUGCAAAAGCGUGCCGUCGUACUAGAGCCUGAGGAGAAGAAGGCAAUUGCACUACUUCAACAGAUUCGGGCACUGCGCAAGGAUCAAGUAGCACGGCGUCGCGAAAAGCAACAAGAACGUAAGGAAACCCAUCGCAAGAAGGUUGAAAAGGAUGAGGCGAAGAAUGCGGAAAAGGAUAAGGAGAAGAAGAAGGUGUAUAUGAGAGCUGCGGGGAUGAAGAGCAAGCGGGAAGCCGAUAUCGAGGAAGGAAGAUCAAGGAAACGGAGGAAGACUUGAAGUCCUAGUGACGUACAUAAGCUGCUAUUAGUUAAUUCCAUUAUAUGAGAAAACAGCGCGCUGUGACCGUGAC